AUGAAGCAUAACCCCAACUGCCCCUGCAAGGCCCUCGUACCAGACAGCGCGGCGGGCGAGAAGAAGGUCGUGCCGUACACGCACGAGGAGCUCAAGCGAGCUAUUGUGAAUCUUGUGAAGAUGGGCUGUUUCACUGUGUUUGCACUGUCAUGCCUUCCCGAGGGCAAGCCGCAGCUGCUGACUGACGUGAGUGGCCCCCUCGUGCCGCUGCACACGCUCAUCAAGACGAUUGCACCAAACAAGCUGCACCUGUGCGACAGCGUUCGUGGUAUGUUGGCCUUUGUCGCCUCCAUGUGUGAUUUCUACUGA